GUGAUCUCUUACAUUUUUCGUUUGUUUGCUGUUUGUGUGGUGUGGUUUAUUGGAUAAUCAAUUUAAAUGUGAUUUAGGAGUAACUUACUAUUGAGGCUAUGUGCUUUAUGCUUUACAUGUUUUAUCAGUCUGUAAUUUUAAUUGUGACAACAAUAUUUUCUAUUCUCUCUGCAAAUUGACGAGUUAACAUCUUCCCUGAACUUGCUUAGUUCAUUUAGUUAAUUUUUUUAAUUAAAACUGUCAUAACUUAGGCCUGAGUUAUUAAGUCGGUAGGUGUUUCAAUUUUUAAAUUGAGUACGGUAACUUAUAUUUUUUUGAAUAAUCUUACCUUAUUUACCUAUUAUCGCACCCUAGCAGCUAAAGUAGGCUAGCAACAAAAAAAUACAAGCAUUAUUAAACAACAGGACAACAAGCACAGCAAGUUAUAGCCUAUAGCAAUGUUAAUGGACUAGCUAGGCCUAGUCUAUGUCCAAUUAUUAUUUAAUCAAUUGUAACCAAUAGGAAAUUACAUGGGAGAGGAAACAAGACAAAUAGUCCUAGCUAGCAUUCUAAAAGGACGCCUCUUCUAUAGGCUACUGAUUUGGCGCAAUAGCUAAGUUUAUCCGGCUCCUUCAGAUUGUCUAACAAGAAAAGUUGCUGUGUUGAUGUAACAGACAAAAGUACACCAUGAAUCAAGGAAAUUCUUUGAAAAGAAAAUCAAUCACAAAUAACAGCAAAAUGGUGUCUGCCCGCAAACGGAAAUCUUUACUACUGCAGCAUUCACUUUCACUUCACAUCCCAAUGGAAGACAUCAGCCAAUGUAGUGAAAUAAACUGUUUUGUAAACCUCCCAGAUCAAGUGUUUAGUCUGACCUACUUAACGGAAAAUGACACACUUAAUCCAGAAUCACUUAAUAUGUUAGAAGAUUUCAGGUAUGGGACCUGGCAUGUGUACUUAGUUGGUUUGCUGUAUAACUUCAGCUAUCAGCCUGCUCAAAGAACGGCUAUAGAGAAAGCUAUAAACAGUGGAUUGAGGAAAAAUUCACAAAACUCCAAAGUUCAGAUGACUUAUCACACCCAGGUCUCGCAAUGCCAAGGUUUGAGUCCGACAGAUAAUGACAGCGAAGCUUUGAAAAUUACUAUCAUCGGUGUAACUAGUAACAAGCAACGUCUGUUGUACGAGGGUUACUUGGUAUCAUGGUGUAGUACUAUCAAGGAGAGCCGUCCGUUUCUACCUGUUUUGCUUUGUAAAGGCAACGUUGCCUUUAGACAACAAGUGAAUAGUAUUCUCUCUCAGAAGUUUGAUGUUAUCAUCAGUAGACUGUCACUUACAGAGGAGGAGCUAAAGCAUCUAUCAACAUACUGCCUUAUAAUGCUGGAUCGGAAUGAGGACGCUGUAGUGACUUACAGCUAUAAACUACAAACUGGGGAUAACAUCAAACUGUCAAUGCCUGUUGAAGCCUUGUUCAGGUUGUGGAAAAAGAUUCAUCCGGAUGACAGUGUCGAAAUCAUGUUUGAUGAAGUGGAUCUCUUUCACGAAGCAUUAGACAAAUUCUAUGAGUCUACUUUUGGCAUAAAAAUUGGCAUGGCCAGUUUUCAAACGAUCUCAGUCCAAAAGUAUUUUUCUCUCUAUAGAAACUCUAAGAUGUGUUUUAAGACGACAAAAGUGAUUCAUGUUGUUUUCAAGUACUUGAACCAUCUUGCAAUCAAACGGCUAAGACUUCAGACGCUAAACAAUGUCUUUGAUGAAGGAUACAUGGGUGCAGACACCAGUGUUAUGUCUCAUUGAUAGUGGUGUUUUAGCGUUAGUGUAAAUAUGAGUUUGUACAUUUUAGAUUAGUAUUGUUAGUAUUGUAUUAAAGUUAUAUCCUAAUAAAUUAGAUCAAACUAGUAUCAAACACAAAAUAUGUACAAGGCUUUUUUUUUCUUUAUCUCAUUCACAUAACUUCACUUACGUUUGAUAUUUUAUAGGAAAAAGUAAACAAAGCAAUAGUAACUAUAAACAAAUAAAUAACUAUAAAAAUAUAAAAACUACAAAUAAACUAAAAUGCUCAUUAUGAAAUAUUAUGCCUAAGUCUAAUUUUUACCAACAAUGUGGAAAUGCUGCACUCGGCGGCCUACUGCCAUUGUAAAAACAGUAAUAGGUUAUAAACAUGUAAACAUUAAAUCUGUGCUUACACUUCAUAUGAAUUAGUGCCACUGCUGUCUCCGUAGGCCAGGGGCAUUGCCACGUUGGCCUCGUUGCAGCCUUCUAAUAGAUCUAUGACAAAACCCAAUUUGCCAAGUUCAGGUUUUGUUGAAUUAGGUUCUUAAUGUUUAUUAUCAAUGGUGAAAGGAUUAUUUACAAGUUUAUUUUGACUCCUUGACCAAAUAUCGUAAAAAUUGUUAUAUUUUUCAUAUACCUAUUAGUUAAUUAUAAAAUGGAAAUAAAAAGUUUAAACAUUGA